UUUUUGCGCAAAACUCAAACGAGGAAGCUGAAGUGAAGAGCCCGUUGAAAAUGAGCAAAAAAGAUAACGGGGCGUCACUGAUUCUUUCUUACCUGAAUGAAAAGAACCGACCUUACAGCGCACAGGAUGUCUUCUGUAAUUUGCAGAAGCAGCACGGAUUGGGCAAAACGGCUGUGGUCAAAGCCAUGGAGCUGCUGGCUGUGGAGGGCAAGAUAAAGGAGAAAACUUAUGGCAAGCAGAAAAUUUACUUUGCCAGUCAGGAUCAAUUUAAAGAUGUGAACGAAUCGGACCUGAAGGCUAUGGAUGAUCAGAUCUCGGAGGUCAGUGCAGAGCUGCAGACCCUCACUCAGAGCUGCAAACAGCUGGAUGCAGAGCUGAAGGAGCUGAACAGUUCCCUCACCACCGAGGAAAUGGCGGCAGAGACAAAAGAGCUCAAAGCAGAGAAUUCUGGGUACAAAGCUCGUCUGGAGAAGAUCAAAUCGGCUACAAAUCACGUCACACCAGAAGAGAAGGAGAAGGUAUAUAAAGACCGAGAUGUUUACGUGAAAGAGUGGAAAAAGAGGAAGCGACUGGCUUCAGACAUGAUGAACGCCAUCCUAGAGGGAUAUCCAAAGAGCAAAAAGGAGUUCCUGGAGGAAGUUGGAGUAGAGACUGAUGAAGACUAUAAGGCAGUUAUUCCAAGUACAUGAACCAAGCUGGUGUGGACCAUAGCCAAGAAAACAAGUACACAUCACAGCAGUGUAUACUUUAAUACAUUUCUUUUGAAUAAAUAGUAAAUGCUGACAAGAAAAGAAAAAAAAAUCAACGUACAUUUGUACAAAAUGAUCUGUCAGAUUAGCUAAAGAUAAUUUGUGACUGCACUGAGGGAUGAUCGUUUAGGCAACUGUACUUUAUUUAGUCCCUUUUUAAAACUUUACAGGCCUGAGCUGACGGACGUCAAUAAAAUAUUCAUAAUAAAUAUUCAUACUUUUGUU